AUGGCGGAGAUGGAAAAUAUCCACGGCUCGUGGAAGGUCGCUGAUGUGAAAACUCUGUCAGCGGUUGCCGAUGGUUUAGAGUCGAGUGGUUUGCAAGGAACUGACUUGACGUUUGAUGACUCUGGUGAAGUGACUUGGAAAGUUCCGCAUAAUUCGGAAACCAUUCCAUCUUUUGUUACUAACUUCGAAAUUUAUGAGUAUAUCUCGGGUGAUCCUCCAAUUUUAAAGCUAGUUGGAACCACAACCGGCGAUGUUAUGGAGUUUAAAGUUUCCAGCCGUCCUGAUGGCAUGCUAGUUCUAAACUAUGAAAAUUGUUUUAUCCUGUCAUGUGAGAAGCUAUCGCCGAGUGACCAAAUAGGAGAUAUGCCAUUUUCCUUCCUCAAUGCUUUUGAACAUGGCUAUUUCUCUGAUCUUACCAUAGAAGCUGAUAACGGCAAAGAGUACAAAGUUCACAAGACAAUUCUGCAAGUGAGUUGUCCAAGCAUGGAUUGGCAGCGAGCACCUCCACCGCUCACAGGAUUACAGACUGAUGUGUUGCAUGCAGUGCUGUAUUAUCUGUAUGCGGAAUGCCUACCUAAAGGACUGUCAGAAGACACUGCCAAAUUGUGUUACAGGACUGCAUCCAAACUACCCGGUCUGGAGAAGCUAGCAGAACUCUGUGAAACAUUCCUCAAAAAUAUCGCUUUGAAGCAACAAAUCAUGGGCUUAAUCAGUGACAUGCACACGUGUGCUGAUAAAAUAAUUGACAUAUUCAAUGGACAAGGUGGUGGUGGUGAUGAUGGAAUAAGCAGUGGUAGUCAAUCAUUUGCUGAUCCAGCAAAGUUAUGUUACUCUUUUAAGCAAGCUUUAAGGGAAGGUGCAGUAGCUGGUGCCAAGUUUCUCACACUUUGUGAUCUCUUCUCAAGAAGAAAAGGUGAAUUUAGUAGAGAAGAAAGACAUGAAAUAAUUAAAUAUGCAAGAACAAGGUUACCAGUGUUUCUUAGUCAGUUAAGCAGGUUAUUAGAAGUAUGUAGACAACAGUUUUCACAACAUUUAACGCCAAGUCAGAGACAAGAAAUUGCCAUUUACCUUAUUCCAGAAAUUGAAACAAGUUUAGAUAUGUUAUCUAAAAUAGUGAUAGAUGCCAGAACUGCCAUAGAACAAGUCAUUACUGCAUCCAAUACACUGGAAAAACAAAAGAAACAUAAAGGAGAUGCAUUGGGUAGGACAAUUAGAAAUGCACUACAUAUGAAAGAGCUAGUGAAGCUUCGGAAAUUCCACGAGAGGACAACAACUGAGUUCAUGAAUUUACUACAUAAAAGAGAUAAUUUUGCGUUGUUGACGCAAAACGAGAAAGUCAUAUCAGUGGUGAGGAAUAUGGAGCAAAUUAUCGAAGAGUUUCCACAAUAUUUGAAAAGAAUAGACCUACUGGCUUCUACAAUUGAGGAAAAAUUGACUUGGAAAGAGUGGAAGUAUCUGUUUAAAUUUGGGUCGUCCAGGGUGGCCUGGGUGUUAAACAAAAUGACGCAGCAUAAGGGAACAUUACAGUCAGUGUUGGCACCAGUAUGUGAUCUAGUACACAGGGAAACAUUUACAACAGCAAUAGUACAACUAGGUAUUCUAGAUGCAUCAGUCAAUAAGAAGACCUUGUCAACCAAAGAUGGAACUCAGCAGCAGUCUACAGAGUCAAGUAGUCCCAGUGUUAGUACUGGUGCUACGAGUAAAACCAGCAAACCAACAUAUCAGACUAAUGCAGUGGAGUCUUUGAGUAUACCGCCAGUACCAGGUAAAAGUAAACUUGCGAAAUCCGCGACAGAGUUACUGAAAUCUGGACACUUAGCCGAUAUGAGAUUUGAAAUCAUACACCAAAAUCUACCUGAAGAACCUGAUAUUGUGAUAGAUCAUACUCAUGGUAACGCAGCGCCACCAAUGCCUCCAUCGCUGGCAGCGACCACGCCUCAUCUAAACUCGUGUGAACUGGAUAUAGAUAUGGAGGUCUACGAAAUUAAAGCACAUCGUGUGAUUAUAGCUGCCAGGUGUGAUUGGUUCAGACGAGCGUUAAAUAGUGGUAUGCGAGAAUCUAUAGAUAAAAAAAUCACAGUACACGAUGCCAAUCCUGAACUGUUCAGAUUAUUUCUGCAGUUCUUAUACAGUGGAUAUUUAGACACAUCAGGUCUAUCUGUAGAGCAGGUUGCUGAUAUGAUGUCACUGAGUGAUAGGUACGAGGUUGAUACAUUGAAGCAACUUUGUGAGAGUACAUUAAAAAGACAUUUAGAUGGAAGAUACAGCAUUCUUUAUGUUAACAUUAGCAGACCAAUUCAAUGCAAGCACAUUACGGGCAGGGGCAAUGAACUUUAUUAUGGAGAACCCAUCGUUGGCACAAUCUGAUGUUUUUGAUGAUUUACCGG